AUGCCAAUGGAUUAUCUUACCCCAUCAACUUUACCACAUCCAAAAUUGAAAAGAACCAAUACUGGGUUCACUCCUAAUCAAAUUAUUGCUUUGGAUGCUGCUAUUCCAGAAUCAGCUAAACAUAUUUGGUAUAAAUAUUCUCAAUUGAAUAUUUUGGAUUCUCAUAAAAGAAGUGGUCAUGAAGAUGAAGAUAAUGUUAAAUCAGUUGUUGAUAAUCCAGAUCGUUUUGAAGAAGAAUUUGUUAAACAUGUUGAAACAUCUUUAGGUAGAUCCAUGUAUAAUUGUGAUAAUUUAGCUGCCUAUCAAGCCGCAUCAAAUACUAUUAGAGAUGCAUUAGUUAUUGAUUGGGCUAAUACUCAACAAAGACAAACCAUUCAAGAUGGUAAACGUGUUUAUUAUCUUUCAUUAGAAUUUCUUAUGGGUAGAGCCAUGGAUAAUGCUUUGAUCAAUUUGAAUUCGGAAAAAAACACUCAAAAAUCAUUAUCUGAUUUAGGAUUCAAUUUGGAAGAUGUUUUAGAUCAAGAACCUGAUGCUGCUUUAGGUAAUGGUGGGUUAGGUAGAUUGGCUGCUUGUUUUGUUGAUUCUUUAUCUUCUAAAAAUUAUAGUGGUUGGGGUUAUGGAUUGAAUUAUCAAUAUGGUAUUUUCAAACAAAAAAUUAUUGAUGGUUAUCAAAUUGAAACUCCAGAUUAUUGGUUGAAUUAUUCUAAUCCUUGGGUUAUUGAUAGAAAUGAAAUCCAAAUCCCGGUUGAUUUUUAUGGUUAUGUUUAUGAAGAACAUGAUCCAAACACUGGGAAAGUUAAAAAGAAUUGGAAUGGAGGUGAACGUGUUUUAGCUGUUGCCGCUGAUUUCCCAAUUCCUGGGUUUAAUACUACCAACACUAAUAAUUUGCGUUUAUGGAAUGCUAAACCAACGACAGAAUUUGAUUUCAGUAAAUUUAAUGCUGGUGAUUAUCAACAAUCAGUUGCUGCUCAACAAAGAGCUGAAUCUAUUACUUCAGUGUUGUAUCCAAAUGACAAUUUUGAAAAAGGUAAAGAAUUGAGAUUAAAACAACAAUAUUUUUGGGUUGCGGCUUCUUUACAUGAUAUUGUUAGAAGAUUUAAAAAGAAUCAUAAAUCCAAUUGGAAAAAAUUCCCUGAUCAAGUUGCUAUUCAAUUGAAUGAUACUCAUCCAACUUUAGCUGUGGUUGAAUUACAAAGAAUCCUUGUUGAUUUAGAAGGUUUAGAUUGGGAUGAAGCUUGGUCAAUUGUUACUAAAGUUUUCGCUUACACCAAUCAUACUGUCAUGGCCGAAGCUUUAGAAAAAUGGCCCGUUGAUUUAGUUGGUAGAUUAUUACCAAGACAUUUGGAAAUUAUUUAUGAUAUUAAUUAUUUCUUUUUAAAAAAUGUUGAACAUAAAUUCCCUAAUGAUCGUGAUUUAUUAAGAAGAGUUUCUAUUAUUGAUGAAAAUCCUAAAUCGGUUAGAAUGGCUUAUUUGGCUAUUGUUGGUUCUCAUAAAGUUAAUGGUGUUGCUGAAUUACAUUCCGAAUUGAUUAAAACAACAAUUUUUAAAGAUUUUGUUAAAGUUUUCGGUCCAGAUAAAUUUACUAAUGUCACUAAUGGUAUUACUCCAAGACGUUGGUUAAGACAAGCUAAUCCAAAAUUGGCAGCUUUAAUUGCUGAAAAAUUGGAAGAUCCAAAUUAUGAUUAUUUGACUAAUUUGGGUAAAUUGAAGAAAUUAGAAGCUUUUGUUGAUGAUUAUGAAUUUUUGAAAAAAUGGGAUGCUAUUAAAUUUGAUAAUAAACGUCGUUUAGCUACAUUGAUUAAAGAAACAACUGAUAUUGAUGUUGAUCCAACAGUUUUAUUUGAUGUUCAAGUUAAAAGAAUUCAUGAAUACAAGAGACAACAAUUGAAUAUUUUUGCUGUUAUUUAUAGAUAUUUGCAUAUUAAAGAAUUAUUAAACAAGGGAGUUAGUAUUGAAGAAAUCAAAACUAAACAUCAUAUCCCUAAGGCAUCAAUUUUCGGUGGUAAAGCUGCUCCAGGUUACUACAUGGCCAAGACCAUUAUUCAUUUAAUUAAUAAAGUUGGUGAUGUUAUUAAUAAUGAUCCAGAAAUUGAUAAUUUGUUGAAAGUUGUGUUUAUUCCUGAUUAUAAUGUUUCUAAAGCAGAAAUUAUUUGUCCAGGAUCUGAUUUAUCUAAUCAUAUUUCUACUGCUGGUACUGAAGCUUCUGGUACUUCCAAUAUGAAAUUUGCUUUGAAUGGUGGAUUGAUUAUUGGUACGGUUGAUGGUGCCAAUGUUGAAAUCACUAGAGAAAUUGGUGAAGAAAAUAUCUUUUUGUUUGGUAAUUUGGCUGAAUCAGUUGAAGAAAUAAGACAUAGACAUAUUUAUGAAGGAGUUAAAGUUCCAGAAACUUUACAAAAAGUGUUCCAUGCCAUUGAAUCGGGAUAUUUUGGUUCACCUGAAGAAUUCAAACCAUUGAUUGAAAGUAUUAGAGAUCAUGGUGAUUAUUAUUUGGUCACUGAUGAUUUUGAUUUAUUCUUGGAAGCCCAUAAGAAAUUGGAAAAAGUAUAUGGUCAUCAUGGAGGUGAUGAACAUGAUAAGAGUCAUAUGAAUGAAUGGGUCAAGAAAUCUGUUUUAAGUGUUGCCAAUAUGGGAUUCUUCUCAAGUGAUAGAUGUAUUGAUGAAUAUGCUGAAAACAUUUGGAAUGUUGAACCAUCCAAUGUUUAA